AUGUUUGGGGUCAAAACUCUCCGAGCUGUGCGUAUCUGCCGUGCCUCCGUGCUGUGGAGACCAUCCCAGACCGUAACCAGAACCCAAAGCGUGGCAGCGGGGCCGAGGGUGGAUAUUGGGGGGAUCUACCCGCCCAUUGCCACGCCAUUUACACAGAAUGAAGACGUGGACUAUCAGAAACUUGACGAAAACCUACGGAAGUACGCGAAGAUUCCUUUCAGAGGCCUGGUGGUGCAGGGCUCUAAUGGAGAGUACCCGUACCUGACAGAUGAUGAGAGAGUGGAGGUGGUGAGGAGGGUUAGACUGGCACUGCCCACGUGCCAGCUGGUCCUGGCAGGAUCUGGCUGUGAAUCCACCCGGGCUACAGUGGUGAUGACAGAGAGAAUGGCGAGGGCGGGGGCCGAUAUGGUUCUCGUGGUAACGCCGUGCUUUUACAAGGGCAAGAUGGACAGCAGGGCUCUAGUUCACCACUUCACUCAGGUGGCGGACAGUAGUCCGGUCCCGGUGGUUCUGUACAGCGUUCCUGCUAACACAGGUCUGGACCUGCCUGUUGACGCCGUGUUGAGACUGGCCCAGCAUCCUAACAUACUGGGACUCAAGGACAGUGGGGGAGACAUCACCAGGAUUGGCCUGAUUGUUCACAAAACAAAGGCGCAGGAUUUCCAGGUUCUAGCAGGUUCCGCUGGGUUCCUCAUGGCUGCCUAUUCUGUGGGCUGUGUGGGCGGUGUGUGCGCAUUGGCCAACGUCCUGGGCAAUGAGCUGUGUGACCUGGAGCGGCUGUGUGUUUCGGGGCGCUGGGAUGAUGCCAGAGCUCUGCAGCAGCGCCUCAUAGAGCCCAACGCUGCCGUGACCAGGAAGUUUGGAGUUCCCGCCCUAAAGCAGGCGAUGGAGUGGUUUGGUUACCACGGUGGCGCCUGUCGCUCACCCCUUCAGCCACUCUCAGACGUCGAAUCACAGCAGCUCAGACUUGACUUCUCCACCAAUGGCUGGAUCUGAAGGGGACCAGGGGCGGGACUGAGGAAGUAGACAAGAGGCUGGAGAGUGUGUCUGCUCCAGGAGGACUCGAGACGUUGGAACCCUGCGUCAGGACUACCCAGCCGCACUACUCCUCGCAGCCCCGUUCACACAUCUCCUCGCUGGUGUUAUCGAUCUAGUUUCUACCUGACAACACCUGCCGUCUCUGGCCAUGGUCCACCUGUUCCCAUCAGGACUUUUUGGGCCACUGGUCCUCUGAACGGUCUAAUUACUUUGUGAUGUAAGAAGUGCUUUAUAAAAUAAAAUAGAUUCAUAACAGAAGGCUUCCGUUUGUAGAUCUCACCCAAAGCCUUCCAGUAUCUAACCCAAAGCUUUCCGCUAUGUCAGAGCCCUGUACUUGUAAUGAUGGAUCGAGUGCAACAGGAAAUAAAAGUCCAUGUGAAGAAUUGCAUUUCCUUGCCAAAGAGGAAGACAACCUCCCCAGCCCUGGUCUCUUACUGAUCGUUAACUAUUUUCAAACAGGACGAAGCGGUUCGGUGCGUAAAACUUAACAGCGGCGGUAUAAUUCAGUAAUCUAAUGUCAGGUGAUGCCACGGUGAUGCCACUGCCCAGCAGUAGCCCAG